AUGGCGAAGUCGAGGGUUAAGCGAUACAUAAAGGCAGAGGACAAUUCUAAGGUCCGCCGGGGACAUUGUCGUCUCCAGGAGUUGGAAUUGUCGAGCUUCAGUCAACUCGGACGGGUGAAGGAUGGUUGCUUGAUGGUCUUCGGGAUGUCCACAGAUAUGGUGGAGGACAAAUGUAUCCAACUAAAUUGA